AUGAUGGGCAACAUGCCUGUCAACGUCCCUGUGGACGACCCCAACGCCGACACAGAAUGGAACGACAUCCUCCGCAAACAUGGAGUCAUCCCGGAGAAGCCGCCUUCACCAACACCACAGAUCGAGGAAGCACUCAUCCAGGCACGCGAAUUGGCACACGAGCACAGACUGGAAGGCAAAGAUCUGGACGGACUGGACGAGCUCGAAGAUGCCGAGGACGAAGCGUUUCUGGAGUCGUAUCGCCAGAAGCGCAUGGACGAAAUGGCAGAGCUGCAGACAGCAAGUGUGUACAACCACGUCUACCCCGUGCAGAAGCCAGACUAUUCGAAAGAGGUCACCGAAGAGUCCAGCAAAGCCUUCGUGCUCGUUCUUCUCACCUCUUCAUCCGGAACAAACGUCGAGUCACAGCUCAUGAUCGAAGCCUGGCGAGAGUUGGCCAAGAAGUUCGGCGACGUCAAGUUCUGCCAGAUGCAAGCCCACUUAUGCAUUGAAGGAUAUCCGGAUCGAAACACACCUACGCUUCUGAUCUACAAGGAUGGGGAGAUCAAGAGACAGCUUGUGACAUUGAAAGAGCUCAACGGAACCAAGACGAGUCUGCAAGAUAUGGAGAAGAUCCUGCUUGGGCUGGGCGCACUGCAGCACAACGACUCGAGGUUGAAGAGGAAGGACGAAGAUGGCGACGAGGACGCGCCCAAGAGGAGUAUAUUCCAGAGUCAGCCGAAGAAGGCGACAGCGGAGCACGACGACAGUGAUUGGGACUGA